GCAAAUACCCCACCAAACUCGUGCGUCCUCUUCCUACCGCAGUAAGCCCACACAGCAACCAUGGCGGCGUCAGGAACCCUCGUCGUGUACAGGGCGCUGUUCACCGCGCUGGGCCUGUCAAUGGUGGGCACCCUGGUGUACACCUGCAUCACCGACGGCUCGCCUUUUCGCGCGGAGCUGCUCACUCCGUGGAUGGUGACAACACUUGUUGAUUUUUAUGUAAAUGUGAUAGCGAUUUCGACUUGGGUUGUCUACAAGGAAGUAAACUGGAUUAGUUCUGUCUUCUGGGUAGUUCUGUUGUUUUGUUUCGGCAGUGCUACUACAUGUGCUUACAUAGUUACCAAGCUAUUUGAGAUAACCCCUUUAGGGCCUUCGCAAGAUCCACUUGAUCAUUUAUUGCUAAGGCAAGAUAGUUUACCAGAAAGGAAGUGUUCUUUUGUCACAGUUGGGAGAACUAUUUUUAGCAUUUUGGGCAUACUCAUGGCUGCGCUUGUCACAUAUACUGUCGUUACAGAUGGCCUGCCUUUUAGGAAGGAUUUGUUGACACCGUGGAUGGCUGCAACCUUAUUUGACUUCUAUAUAGAUGUCUUUGCAAUAUCGGUAUGGGUUGUUCACAAGGAGUCGACUUGGAUCUCAUCAGUCAUUUGGAUAUGCUUGUUGAUAUGCUUUGGAAGCAUCACAACAUGUGGCUACAUUGUGGUUCAACUUCUCCAAGUAUCAUACGAAGACCCAAUCUACCAUGUGCUGCUGAACUCUCAUAGCAAGCGAAUCAUAAAUCAUUCAACACAAUCGGUGCUAAAACCUAGUGAAGAUAUUCGAGUGCAGAAGCUACAUCAACAGUGGUAUCUAACCUUUGAAUAAGACUGGGCACCCCAUGGAUCCCACCUUGCUAGGAAUGAGGCAGAUAAAAAGAGUUGGGAUCUUUCCUGAGCAUACCACCCCUUUGACUGAAAGAUUAACAUCUAGGAAAAAAUUGAAAAAACUUCAAGGUAAUUGCUGUUGCAAGGCUGUGCCAUUCCAUUUAUCUGACCAGAACAGAACUGUGUCACCUGCACUAGUAGAGAUCCCAGAGACUUCCCUGUAAUUAUGAACCAAUUUCAUAAUAUCUCUCCAUGAAAAGUAGCCAGAGAGUUUUGAGGCAACUAUGAAUGAAAAAAAAUGGAGGUGUUUGAUGGGUAGAGCUUCAUUCAGUUUUUUUUUAAAUCUAAAAUGCCCACACCACCACUCCUUUUUGGUUUACAAAUCAUCUCCCAAGCAGACAAGGUUUGCUCUGGAUUGUUGCCUCUCUCCAUAAAAGGUGCCUGAUGACUCUGUUGAGUUACUUGGUAAUUCCAGGAGGGAAGAUUGUACUGAAGUGAUGUUGAGUUGCUUGAUAAUUCCAGGAGGGAUGAUUCUAUUGAA